UGAGGGGCUGAGAGCGCGAGCGGCAUGAGCCAGCACGCGGGGCAGGUGGAGCCGCAGUCCAGGUCCUUCCUUGGACCCGGCCGCAGCCCUCAGCCCACGCCGCGGGCCAAAGGCAAGGCCACGGCGGCGAUCGUGGUCGGCGCGGCUGACGAUGUCUUCCCGCUGGCCGCCCGCCGGGCGCUCGCCUCUCUGAACAGGGAGGCGGCGCGGCAACGGCGGGCGCAGAGAGCGGAGCAGAGCCGGCGGCGCAAGGCCAAGCGCACCGUGACGGUGGACAGCUCCCGGUCCAAGACGUCGACUGAGGCGCUCAGGAUCUGCGUCCAGCAGCUCAAGUGGAGGGAGUUUCCAACGGGACGUCACCUCUUUUGUGACAUCUAUUGGCAUGGAGUGUCCUUUCAUGAUGGUGAAGUUAGCUGCUCGAGUCAAGUCAACAAAUAUCCAGGAAUGAUGGAAAUGACACGUAAAAUCAAUUUUAGUCGAGCAGUUCGAACCAUGCAGGAAUUAUUUCCUGAUGAAUACAAGUUUUACCCUCGUUCUUGGAUUUUGCCAGAAGAAUACCAACAUUUUGUAGAUCAGGUACGUUUGUCAAAAGAAAAUGAUUCAUCUUGGAAGCCUACCUUCAUUGUGAAGCCAGAUGGAGGAUCUCAGGGUGAUGGCAUCUACCUCAUUAAAGAUUCUAGUGAUAUCCGAAUAAUGUCUAGCCUCCACAGCAAGCCAGCAGUGGUGCAGGAAUACAUCAGCAAGCCAUUUCUGAUCGACAGACUGAAAUUUGACAUUCGUUUGUACGUCUUACUCAAGUCAAUAGAUCCUUUGGAAAUCUACAUAGCUAAAGAUGGACUAUCUAGGUUUUGUACAGAACCAUAUCAGGAGCCUAACAGCAGAAAUUUCCAUCGUGUAUUUAUGCAUUUAACAAACUACUCUUUGAAUGUCCACAGUGGAAAUUUUGUCCAUUCUGACAGUGCAAACACAGGAAGUAAAAGGACAUUUUCAAGUAUUCUGGCCAAGCUCUCUCUGAGGGGCUAUGAUGUGAAGAAAGUGUGGUCAGAUAUUAUUACAUUGGUAAUUAGGGCUAUUAUUGCACUGAUUCCAGAAUUAAAAGUUUAUCAUCAAAUAUAUAUUCCUCCAGGGAAGCCUGGGCCCACAUGUUUCCAGAUUUUAGGAUUUGAUAUUCUCCUCAUGAAAAACUUGAAGCCUGUUUUAUUGGAAGUGAAUGCCAAUCCUAGCAUGAGAAUAGAACAUGAACAAGAGAUUGCUCCAGGAGUGUUUGAAUAUGUUCCUAGUCCUGUGGAUGAAGAAGUUAAAGUGGCUGUCAUUAGAGAUACACUUCGUUUGAUUGAUCCGACAUUUAAAAAAAACGUCUCUCAAACGCAAUCCACCGAAUAUUCAGCAGAAAAUGACGGAGAGGACACAACCGAAUCUGAUGCACAAAGCAAGGCUGAAGCUUCAUCUGGCGCAGUGCAGAAUUGGCCUCCCCUCUGCCUGAAACAAGUGUUUCCUAAGUACACUCGACAGUUCAGCUACCUGCUGAUUGUGGAACGUAUAGCACUACUGUUUAUCAGAUUCUUGGGCAUUAAAGGAACAUUGAAGCUUGGUCCAACUGGGUUUCGGACCUUCAUUAGGACCUGUAAACUCAGCAACAGCAACCUGCCCAUGGCAUCUGUUGACAUAUUAUACAUUGACAUCGCACGUCGGUGGAACAUCAUUCGUGGAGAGCGAGGGGAAUCUGGUAUGUGCCUACAAGCAUUUAUGGAUGCCAUCUUCCACAUGGCCCACAGGAGGUAUAAGUCCCAACCACUUCGAGAACAAGUUGAGGCACUGGUCAAUUUUUGUGAAUAUCAGUUGGAAGCACUGGAUGAAAAGCACUUUCUGCACAACCGUACGCCAGACCUAAAACCUAGCUUGACUAUGUAUCACCCUGAAAGGCCUCGCUCUGGUGCUGUCAGCAAUGUGCACUUAUUAAAUCGUAUGAGCACUUCCAAUAGAUUGCUGACAUCAUCAUUACCUGUAUCGGUGGAGAAACAGCAUGUAAAGUCCAUGAAUCGAAGAGGUAUUUCCUAAUAGUCAUAUAAAUGCUACUUUCUUCACAAUAGCAUUUUUUUAAAUCAAGUUGAGACUACAUUCGUCAACCAUUGGUGAACUUUGACUUUUGAUAGUGUUUUAACUCCAAUUCAUUCAUCUGCUUACUGAUGGUGUAAAAUAGUGAAUUAUUUCAAUGGCUGACAUUAAUUCUCAAGAACGUAUGCAGCUUCUGAUUUAGUCGAUCAUGAAUGUUGUUUACUCAUUACCAGGUGGUUGUUAUUAUUAACAUAGUAAUGAUUAAUUAUGAUUUAUUCCAUUUGCCCACAGUAACUGCAUGUUCGCCAGCAGGUUCAAUAAGUCCCAGUGGAAGGAGCAGCCUGGGCUGCAGGUUUUGUCGUAACAACAAUCAAAGUUGCUCUGUGGUUGGCCUAAACGAUGUGCGUUCUCAACAGGUCAAGCUGACACAGAUGUUGCCUUCUUGUGCAACAUGGUACUCUAUGUAGUCAUCCAGAUGUAGAAAGCAGCACCCCCUCUACCCCUCCUCAAUGUCAUAGGGGCUCAUUUUUACACGGUUUCUGUAGAAAGGUGAUCCCUUCCCUGUGAGACAGCUAGUGAAUUACAAAUAUUUCAGACGUAAUUCUACCAUAACGAGCUUCCCUGCAUACCAAGCCUGAUGAAUAAAGGGAACUUUAACCAAACAUUGGAAAUAGACAUACUAUUCAGUUCCAUCCAUUUUAGACAUUUUACAUUUAAUACAGAGCCUGCUGCUGUCUGAAUUCUGGCCUCGUUCAUUUACAUAAAUUUUGAAACAAGUUUUUGACGUGGUUGUUUUCUAUUAUUGGCAUGAUCCUCUGUGUAAUGAUCAUUGGCAUGUUCUUAUGAAACAGGGUCUCCUGCCUGUGAAAUCAAAUGGCAGACACACUACAUUAUUUUUUAAUUCAAUUUCUUCUGUCAACAAUUUGCCAGGUCAUCAUUGGCACAGCGAAAGACACUCAUUUGUGUAUAUAUGAGUUUUUGUACAGAACCCCUUGUAUAUUAAAAUUUAUUAGGCUAGAAAUUGUUAUAGAUGAAAAGAGUGCAUAAACCAUGUCUGCAUCACUGUUACAUUUGUUCAUCCACUAUUAAAAGUCAAGAAGUGG